AUGGAAAUCUUCGCCCCCGGCGAAGACCGAUGCGCGAAGCUCAAGGCGCCCUCGUACCUUGAGCUCAUCGUCUCCAUCGUCAUCCUGCUCGGUAUCCUCGUGUCCUACCUCCCCCAGCACUACCGCAUCAUCUCACGAGGCACUUCGGAGGGCAUCUCGCCGUACUUUGUCCUGCUGGGAACCACUUCCGCCACUGCCGGCUUCGCCAAUAUUCUGACUGUCGCGCCGUCCCGAGCUGCCAUCGGUUGCUGCUACGAGGUUGGCAGGUUUGAAUGCGCUGCUGGACUGUUGGGUGUUGCUCAACUCGGCGCCCAAUGGGUCUGCUUUAGUCUCAUCCUCGUCCUUUUCCUCAUCUUCUUCCGUUAUAGACAGGCCAAUGUUCCUCCAGAGGAGCUCCGCGGAGAUGCUCCUCGAUGGCAGACGGCUGUCAUGGUCGGUCUCCUCUGCGUUCUCCAUGGCCUCAUCGUGAUCAUCCUGACGGGCGUCUUCUUCAUCGCCCUCCCCGAUCACCUCGUCUUCUGGGCUAAUCUGCUCGGCAUCAUGGCUACCGUCCUGGCUGCCAUCCAGUACGUGCCGCAGAUUUGGAUGACCUACCACCUUAAGCACGUGGGAAGUCUCAGCAUCCCCAUGAUGUGCAUCCAGACACCCGGUGGUUUCCUGUUUGCGGCCAGUCUGUUUGCUCGUCUGGGCUGGGAAGGCUGGAGCACCUGGGUCAUCUACCUGAUCACAGCGUCUAUGCAGGGGUCUGUGCUCAUCAUGGGUGUCUACUACGAAUACACGGCUCGGCGCCGCGAGGGCUAUGCCAACGGCUAUGUCGACAGCGCGCCGCAGUCGCCUGUUCAGUACUCGAGCACCCCCCGGAGACCCGCUGCCCCCCGAACCUACUCGGAGGGCUGGGAGCGAGGCCUGCCGGGGCCGUUUACGGGUCAUCCGGAACGGUACGCCGAGACGGAGGAAGACCUCGACGAUAUCCAAGAGCGCGAGGAACGCGCCAUUGAGCGGGAGAGCCAGCCGCUGCUGAGGCCUGGCGGAAUAGGCAACCCUCACAAGAGCUACGACACUACCGAGCACUGA